CGCCGCUCGCCUCUCGCGGCUCAGGGGCUCGGCUUUGCCGCGCUCAGUGCACUCGGGCGAGAGCUGGAGCCAGGAACAGAGCUUGGAGCCCAGCUCAGCCACCGCGAUGAGAGGCGCUUCAGGCGCCUGGGAUCUGCUCGGCGUCCUGUUCGUCCUGCUGUGCGGCCACACAGGCUCUUCGCAGCCAUCUGUGAGUCCAGGAGAGCCGUCUCCACCAUCCAUCCAGCCAGCACAGUCGGAGUUAAUAGUCGGCACAGGCGACACAAUCAGGCUGAUAUGUGAGGAUCCUGCCUUCGAUAAGUGGACUUUCGAGACCCUGGGUCAUGUGAGUGAGAGCAGUAAGCACAAUGAAUGGAUUCGAGGAAAGGCUGAAGCUGCUCACACAGGCAAAUACACAUGCACCAACAGCGGCGGCCUCCAAAGUUCCAUUUACGUCUUUGUUAGAGAUCCGGCUGUGCUUUUUCUUGUCGGCCUUCCCCUGUACGGGAAAGAAGACAACGACACGCUGGUCCGCUGUCCUCUGACGGACCCAGAGGUUGACAACUAUUCCCUCAAGGAAUGUGAUGGGAAAUCUCUCCCUGAGGACCUGAUGUUUGUCCCAGAUCCCAAGGCUGGCAUCACAAUCAGAAACGUGAAGCGCGCCUACCACCGACUCUGUGUCCGAUGUGCUGCCCAGCGGGACAAGGAGUGGGUACUGUCUGACAGAUUCGUCCUGAAAGUGAGGGCAGCCAUCAAAGCUAUCCCACUUGUCUCUGUGUCCAAAACAAGCUAUCUUCUUAGGGAAGGAGACAAAUUUAUGGUAACGUGUACAAUAAAAGAUGUGUCUACUUCUGUGGGCUCGAUGUGGAUAAAGGAAAGUGCUCAGCAGAUUAAAGCUCAGGUAAAACGUAAUAGCUGGCAUCGGGGUGACUUCGAUUAUGAACGCCAGGAAACCUUGACUAUCAGCUCAGCAAGAGUUAAUGAUUCUGGAGUGUUCAUGUGUUAUGCCAAUAAUACUUUUGGAUCAGCAAAUGUCACAACAACCUUGAAAGUAGUAGAUAAAGGAUUCAUUAAUAUCCUCUCCACAAAGAACACUACGGUAUUUGUGAAUGAUGGAGAAAAUGUAGAUUUGGUUGUUGAAUAUGAGGCAUACCCCAAACCUGAACACCAGCAGUGGAUAUACAUGAACAGGACCUCCACUAACAAGUGGGAUGAUUAUCCCAAGUCUGAGAACACAAGUAAUAUCAGAUAUGUGAGCGAGCUUCAUCUAACCAGAUUAAAAGGCACCGAAGGAGGCACUUACACGUUUCUGGUGUCCAACUCUGAUGUCAAUGCUUCCGUGACAUUUAGUGUUUAUGUGAACACAAAACCAGAAAUCCUGACAUACGACAGGCUCAUGAAUGGCAUGCUUCAGUGUGUGGCAGCGGGAUUCCCAGAACCCACAAUAGAUUGGUAUUUUUGUACAGGAGCAGAGCAAAGGUGUACUGGUCCCAUCCCACCUGUGGAUGUACAGAUCCAGAACACAUCUACACCACCAUUUGGAAAACUGGUGGUUCAGAGCUCUAUAGACUCCAGUGCUUUCCUGCACAAUGGCACAGUGGAGUGUAAGGCUUACAACGAUGUGGGCAAGAUCUCUGCCUUCUUUAACUUUGCAUUUAAAGGUAACAACAAAGAGCAAAUCCAGGCGCACACCCUGUUCACACCGCUGCUCAUCGGCUUUGUGAUCACAGCUGGCAUGAUGGGUAUCAUUGUGAUGGUUCUCACUUACAAAUAUUUACAGAAACCCAUGUAUGAAGUACAAUGGAAGGUUGUCGAGGAGAUAAAUGGAAACAAUUAUGUUUACAUAGACCCAACACAACUUCCUUAUGAUCACAAAUGGGAGUUUCCCAGAAACAGGCUGAGUUUUGGGAAGACUUUGGGUGCCGGUGCCUUUGGCAAGGUUGUUGAGGCCACUGCUUAUGGCUUAAUUAAGUCAGAUGCUGCCAUGACGGUUGCUGUAAAGAUGCUCAAACCAAGUGCUCAUUUAACAGAGAGGGAGGCCCUCAUGUCUGAGCUGAAGGUCCUGAGCUACCUAGGCAAUCAUAUGAAUAUUGUGAAUCUUCUCGGAGCAUGCACCGUUGGAGGGCCCACCCUGGUCAUUACAGAAUAUUGUUGCUAUGGUGAUCUUUUGAAUUUUUUGAGAAGAAAACGUGAUUCAUUUAUUUUCUCAAAGCAGGAAGAUCAGGCAGAAGCAGCACUUUACAAGAACCUUCUGCAUUCAAAGGAGUCUUCCUGCAGUGACAGUACCAACGAGUACAUGGACAUGAAGCCUGGAGUGUCUUACGUUGUACCAACUAAGACAGAAAAACGGAGAUCUGCGAGAAUAGGCUCGUACAUAGAAAGAGAUGUGACUCCCGCCAUCAUGGAGGAUGACGAGCUGGCUUUGGACCUGGAAGACUUGCUGAGCUUUUCCUACCAGGUGGCCAAGGGCAUGGCUUUUCUCGCCUCCAAGAACUGUAUUCACAGAGACUUGGCAGCCAGAAACAUCCUCCUUACUCAUGGUCGGAUCACAAAGAUUUGUGAUUUCGGUCUAGCCAGAGACAUCAAGAAUGAUUCCAAUUAUGUGGUUAAGGGAAACGCCCGACUGCCUGUGAAGUGGAUGGCACCAGAGAGCAUCUUCAACUGCGUGUACACAUUUGAAAGUGAUGUCUGGUCCUAUGGGAUUUUUCUGUGGGAGCUAUUCUCCUUAGGAAGCAGCCCUUACCCUGGGAUGCCAGUCGAUUCCAAGUUCUACAAGAUGAUCAAGGAAGGCUUCCGGAUGCUCAGCCCUGAGCAUGCACCUGCUGAAAUGUAUGACAUAAUGAAGACUUGCUGGGAUGCUGAUCCCCUGAAAAGGCCGACGUUCAAGCAGGUGGUCCAGCUCAUUGAGAAGCAGAUUUCAGAUAGCACCAGCCAUACUUACUCCAACUUAACAAACUGCAACCCCAGCCUGGAGAACCCGGUGGUGGACCAUUCUGUGCGGGUCAAUUCGGUUGGCAGCAGCGCCUCUUCCACCCAGCCUCUGCUUGUGCACGAAGAUGCCUGAGCAGACAUCACAUCCAGUGGUCUCCCCUGUGGGUGCAAUCCCCAUUCGUUUUGGCUUCCAUGCUGGUUGUUUUGUUUUCCUUUGAUUUGCAUCCUACUCCAGGGUAAUGGGUCCCCCCAACUGUGAUCCUGUCUUUAUGAGCACACUUUAGUGGCUGAUGACCCACCUCCACCUUCCAUCAGCCACCAUCCCACUACAAAGGUUCGAACUGUACAUAUGUAUUUUCCCAAUAGCAAAGUAGCUCCUUCAGUAAACAGAAGAACUUCUGCUUUGGAGGAGGGAGGGUGAGGUGACACUAGAUGCCUGGAGUUCUUUCUGAUGCUCCUCUGAUUCUGUUUGAAAAGUAUGGCGGGUAGUUUAUUUAAAGAAAUAGAGUAAUCCCCUCUGACCUAGAGAGCCUUCAGUGAUGACGCAGAGAUGUAUGUAGCAGCAUUAGAAAGUGAAGCCCAGGCCCUUUGUGUAGAAAGUAGACCAUUAUUAGAACAGAGGACACACGUGUGAACAUCUGAGCUUAAGAAAUCUCAUAUUUCAUGCUGAGAAGGAGACCCAGGCUGUGAAAAAAUGCCCCCAAAGCAUGAACAAAGAUGCUUUGCACAGGCUUUUGUACAACUGACCUGGUUUUUAAAUAGAGUUUGCUAUUAGGGAGUUGAAUUGGAGACAAGACCUCCCUAGCCAACAUUUGUACAUACUCAUCCACACAUUGUACAUGUUCAUAUGUUGGGGGUGGGGAACCCCACAAGCUUUAUUUUCCAUGUUCAACUCUGGCAUUAGUCCCGCUUUGUGUAGGAAUACAUUAAGAGCCAUACAAGUUUUAAGGAAACAGUUAAUGCAACUUAUUUUUAAAAGGAAAAAUGUAACUGCCAAGCACAAUCUUUAUAAAACCUCUUAGCCAAUGAACUUGCUCUGUGGAUUGUCUACAAGCCUUCCAACUUCAGAGUAGCAUUGCAGUCAGUGGAACUGAUGCUGGUUGAACGCGUUACCGAUUCAGUGAUUCCCACAGGAGUGAGAAAACAGUGCGGUUUUAAGUUGGAUUCUCACAUAGCAGAAAGUGAAAGACUCAGCCUUCUUUAUGGGCACAUCCUGGACAUUGGGCCAGUAUCUAUAUAAGUGUGUAUGUGUGGACGUGUGUGUGUGCGUGCACGAGCUUGUGCAUGUAGACAAGUUAUUCUGGGGGGUCUUCUUGCUCUGAGUUCAAGAGGUUCCUCCCGUACCCAAGAAGUAACUGCUUUCAUCGCCACUCCUGUCUCUCUCCUGUUUGCCUGUGCAUCACUACGUAGAAGAGCUUGCCAAAAGCUGCGGUGGAGGCUUGGCAGAAGCAGAGUGCUUAAGGACCUAUUUAUUUGCAAUCCACCUGCACUUAAGACACUCUUAUCUAAACUCAACAUACUGUACCCAUUCCUUAGACCAUAUAUAAUGCUGCCAUUCCACAAAAACAUUGAAAUUCUACCCUUUAGGCUGUAGAGUGGAUAUUGUCUUGUAGUUGACCCCCUUCCCUGGGUUAUCAUUGUCCAGUAUAAGUGAUUAAGUAUAUACAUGGCAAGAUUUGCCUGUUGUCUUACAAGAUUCAGGUAUGCUGCCUUCAUAGUUCCCUCCUCCUUCAUCCUUUUAGGCUAUGUUUAGAGAAGUGUGGCCGUUAAUCUGGAAGUGACCAUUUGCACUGGAGUUCUACACUCUUGCACCUUUCCAAAGUUAAGCGGUUUGGGGGUUUUGUUGUCAUGUGAGAGGCUGUCACGGUUUGCCAUACUUUGUCCUUUGAGUUCCCACUGACUUUGAUUAUAGUAAGGAAAGUAGCUGUUGAUUCUAGAUGUCCAGGUACUUCAGGGGCACAUCAUUGAGAAUUUUGUCUCGGAUAUUCUUGAAAGUUUAUAUUUUUAUAAUUUUUUUACAUCAGAUGUUUCUUUCAGUUGCUUAAUGUUUGAAAUUAUUUUGUGGCUUUUUUGUAAAUAUUGAAAUGUAGCAAUAAUGUCUUUUGAAUAUUCCUAAGCCCCGUGAGUCCCUGAGAUAUUUUUUAUAUAUACAGUAACUUUAUGUGUAAAUAUAUAAGCGGUGCAAGUUUAAAGAUGUUGUGUUUCAUGUGUUUUUUUUUCCUGAUAUGUUGUCCAAUUGUUGACAGUUCUGAAGAAUUCUAAUAAAAAUGUAAAUAUAUAAAUGUAA